UUGUGCUUUCGACACGGAGCACGUUAAAAAACAAACCUGAGAGCGAUUUCCUGGAAACGCACGUCCACGUACGACGUUGUUGAGAGAGCAGUAAUCUGUGACUAUUACGAGCAGCAAAAGUAGUACACAAUGACUCCCGGCGCGCCUCCUGCGUUCAGCGACGAGCGAAGCUGACACUGUACUCCACGCGCAGCAGCAGGAGCAUCAAGACCAUGGCGCAGCUGGUGGUCCCGAAAAAUUGCCCCGUGGCGCUUCUCUCUACCACAGCAGCCAACCGCCACACCCUGCGGAAAAGAAGCGAUGCCGGUGAUUUUGUGUUUCCGCUCUCUUCAGCGGCUUCCGGCGCGCAGUUCGGGUUUUGUGAUUUUGUCACAGAACAACUACAUUUGAUGUCUGGUAAUGGUACAAGUACCACCUCCACUUAUCGACCGCAAAAAAGAACGACCCGAGGAUUAUCACAACCCGCAACUGCUGUGGCGGGAGAGGAAAAUUCUUCAGUGCGGCGGCCAGUCAUCGGUGGUGGUUCCCGAGGCGGUGGGGUUCGCGGCAGGAGAAGCGACGCUCAGCACACCGGAGCCAGCAAGUACCGCCGUUCCUUCUCCACGCACGGCUUUCAUCACAGUUCUUUGAUCAAGCGCCCUGGUGUCAGCGCAGUGUUGAGUUGGCACAACGGCUCGUCUUCGGCAUACAGGAGGUGUCAGCAACUGGUGAAAUGCGAGGAGGGCGCUUUCAAUGCCGCUUCAACAUCUUCGUCUAGCUCUUCUUCUUCAUCAUCCCCUAGCGCUACCGCAAGUGCGUCCUCUUCUAUCAGUACCGCGACGAUUGGGACCGGGAAACCAUUGUCACGGACUGCGUACGAAAACUACGUUCACAGGAUCAACAACCCUAUCAAAUGCAAAUAUGUCUGGGUCCGGAAGAAUGCAGGACUUGCCAUGCUCGGCCAGCAUGAAUCUCAAGUCUGUCAUGCAUGUUGGCCAAGAGCGUCGCUUUUUUGUCAUGCGGAAACGCAGUCUGUCAUGCACGAUAGACUACACCGACCACCUCAGAAACUAGUCAUGGUGGAACGGCAAUUGCGGCACCCUAAUCAUUCCCCGACCAGCAUCACAAGUUUCCACGCCCAGACAUAUUUGAAUUUGAUAAACCCAACGUCGGUGCAAAUUUCUGGUUCGUCGAUUCUGACAAGGUCCGCUUCGUCUAUUUCCAUCAAGAGAUCGCACAUUGUCCGGGAAAACCAACAGCACUUUGAGGAGGUGUACACACCAGCAAAGCAGCUCGGCGAGGGAGCGAGCGGGGUACUCUACUAGGGCGUAUUUGCAAAGAAUGCGCGAAGAAAAUUCAGAUCCUAUCAUGUCUACUACUAAAAACUUGUCAAAUGUACAUGAUCUACUAGCAUUCAAAAUUUCUUUAUCAGGUCGUUGUCGAGGCCGUCCACAAGGAAACGGGGAUUCAGCGCGCGGCGAAGCAGAUCCCAAAAUUGGCCGUCGAAGAUCAAAAAUUGUUCGAAAACGAGGUGGAGAUGCUGAUCGAGUUGGACCACCCGCAUAUCCUAUGUAAAAACGUCCCCACACCAGAGUCAGGAUGGGGAUUUUGCAACACAAACGUGGGAGUUUUGUGAGUCACGCACGACAAGUUGCACUCCGAAGUGUAGUGCAGGUUAGCAAGUGCAGCCGCAUACCAGAUUCAUCUGCUCAUCCUGUUCAGAGCAUCACAAAUUACAAAACACGAUUGGAAAUGGCUCUCAUGAGGAUGCGCAUUACAAGUCUUCCUGUCUUUGCAAAUCUGCAUUACAACUCUGGUGUGGGGACGUUUUUACAUAGGAUGCCGCACAUCGUGAAGCUAGUGGAGUACUUCGACGAACCAGAGCAGUACGUUUUAAUUUUCGAACUGUGCCGGGGGCCGGUAGGCAUUGCAAAUAUGUCUAGGCCUCCUGGAAGCCUGCAACUUGUGAUGCUAGUUCUGGACGAUCGUGCAAAAAUCUGUGUUGCAGGAUUACCAAAAGUUGCCCACUUUUCACCAAGGUGAGAGGGAAUUUCUCAUGCAAGAUAGGCAUGAUCGUAAUCUCACAGAAUCUGUCAUGCUAGGCCCUGCAUUCCAGACCUCGUACGUCAUGGAGAACCCGCAUGACAAGUGGUCUCUUGCAAUGUUACCGAUCUAGACAUAUUUGCAUCUGAUAGCCGGACCUGUUUGACCACAUCGUGAAUGUACUGGAAUCCGACAACGACAGCUACAUAACGGUAUCCUGUGCAAAAGUAUCGUACUCGUACUAAUUGCAGUUACGCAUGACAAAUUUCCUUUCCAAAGUAAAACAGCAUGACAAAUUCAAUUUAUUUGCAUGCUGAGAAAAUUUGUAAUGCGAUUUAUACUAGUGCGAUGCAUGCUUUUGCAAUCCAUAAACGGGUAACGGAAGCGAAAACGGGCACGGCUAUGGGAGCGGGGUCGUAGGUGCAGAAGACGAAGAUUUUGAGGCGGCGGGAAGUCCAAAUGCAAAAGAGGGAACAAUAUUGAAGGCCGCCUCUUCAUCUCCAACCACAGGCAACAACAACAACCCCAUGACCACUUCCAAUCCCGGUCCGGUCGCCAUUUCCGGGUUUUCGGAAAUCGAGUGCGGGCGACUCCUAUGCUGUGCAAAAGUAUCGUACUCGUAUUGCAGUCAUGCAAUACAAAUUUUUUUCUUAAGGUGAAUCCGCAUUUUCUCAUGCUGAGAACAUUUGUAAAUGCAUUUAUACGAGUACGAUACUUUUGCACUGCAUAACUCCUACGGCACAUGCUGAAAGCGGUGCUGUGCUGCCACUCUCACAACAUCAUCCAUCGAGAUAUCAAGCCGGAGAAUUUCAUGUUUUCCACCUCCUCCCCAAAAUCGGCCUUGCAAAUGAUCGACUUGGGGUUGUCGGAGUUCUACAAACCAGCGCAGCACUAGGAGAGUGCACAACUCGUCGUCCCCCACAUUUGUCAUGCAAAAUACCCAAUUCACCCUAUACCUCUUGGCACCGGUUGCAUGACAAGUUCUGGUAGCCCAAAUAGAACUACAAUCCAGUGCAAAUGUGUCAUGCAAAACCGGGACUCUUGCUGAUGCUUGUAUUGCUGUUUAUGCUAUACUAAUGAGGGGGAGGGGGACGAGUUGUGCACAUUCAUGAGCGCCACUCAUCUUCCGACGACCCCGACCACCGCGCAGCUACCUAUGCACUGCAAAAGCACUAUCCACUCGUACUAGUUGUAGUCACGCAUAACAAAGGCGCUUUCUAAGCGAAACCAGCACUACAAAUUGCAUUAUUUUUACGACUCAACAUGCUGACAAAAUGAAAAUUUGUAUAUGCUAAUACGACAUGAUAGAAAACUUUUGCAAUGCAUACCACCCCGGUCGGAACCAUCGCCUACAUGUCGCCGGAAAUGCUGAAAGGCGAAACCUACGACCGGCAAUGUGACAUCUGGUCGCUGGGAGUGAUUUUGUGGGCGUUGCUGAUGGGCGAGCCGCUGUUCACGCACGACUGUGACAAGUUGUGUGAAACGCAGAUUUUGGACUUACUCUACCUGGAACAGGAGUGGAAGCGAACGGAAAACAACAUGUCGGCCGAAGCGCGGGAUCUACUUGGGAAAAUGCUGCAAUACGAGCCGAAGGACAGAAUAACCGCGGCGGAGGCCCUGUCCCACCCUUUUAUCCUGAGAAGCUACAGUCCCAUGGACUACUGUCCCGAGACGCAUCAAAACGGUGGAACUGCAUCAAAAGGCAAUUAUGUCGAGCAAACAAGUUCCUCAUCCGCCCAGCAAGCGUUCGACGGGAAACUGAUCGAGAAAAUGACGGAGUUUGUGCAGAUGCCGGCUUUAAAGCGGGUCGGGCGGUUCAUUUUCGCACACUUGUGCGGAACGGAUGGGGAAGAUACGAGAUUGUACCGGGUCACCUUUCGACAGUUGGACAAGUCUGGCGAGGGGGCGCUGACGAAGAAGCAGUUGGUGAAGGCGUUGGAAGAAAUAUGCAAGAAAAAAAAUGUGUAAGUGUACUUAGUUCUGUGAUGCACAAAAUGCAAAACUGUUACAUUGCCAUGCGGGCGGAUCUGCGUCUUCAUAGGCUACUUUCAUGCGUGUUUCCACAUACUAGCUGCGCAUGACAGGUUUUCUCUGUGAUGCUGCUCUUCCUACAAAGUUGCACUUGCGCAGUUUUUUUUCCUGGAUAGGAAAAAAAUCUAGUCCUACCGGAAAACUUCGUCGAUGAGGUGAUGCCGUUUCUGGACACCAACCAGUCCGACGCCCUGGACUUUAUCGAGUUUCUGGCCGCGACGAUCGACAUUGAGCAGGUACUUCUGCUACUGUAGUGGUUUCUGCAUGACAAAAUAAAUCUCCACAUUUUUUUCUUGUCCAUAAUAGUAUCCGCAUGAGUAGAAACAAUAACCAAAUCUCGUCCCCAGGUUGACAAGCACGAGAAAAUUUUGGAAGCGGUCUUCGCUUUGAUGGAUACGACAAAGUCGGGCAAGCUUUCGGUUGACGACAUGGCGGAAAUUCUCACGUCUAACACCCGCGACCAGCUCGAGCAGAUGGUAGCUGAGGUGGUGAGCGAACGACCACCGUCCGCCUCCAAGGAGCAGGCGAUCACGUUUGCGGAGUUCAAGUCGUUGAUGCUGUCCUAGUGGCGAUAUUGCUAAAGGCGUGGAGUACCAUAGCGACCCACUGCUACUUGUCAUGUUUACCGGCCGUAGGCGUAAUUUUAUCUUCGCGAUAGAAUGAAUCGCAAUUUUUAUUCGCAUACUGGUGUACAAUUUGGAUCAUGCACAGCAUAGCAUUUACUUCGCUUCGCUUCGGCGCCACAAGACUUCGUCUUUCUGUACAAAUUACGGCAGAAUAUUCAAAAAUUCUAUCGGACUUGUUUUUGGGUGUUUCCGUUUCGCCAGCCUGCUCUUGCCACGACGGCUUUUGAGGUUUAGUACUAUUUCAACGUGUCAUGUCUCGACGUCCUGCCGAAACUGUCUUUUGUCGACUUGUCUUGAUCUUCGCUCAAUGUCAAUUGUCCCCUCCUGUACAAAAAAACGAAAAUGAACCGUUGUUAACACUAUUUUCGCUUUGAUAAAACGCGAGGCUGCGGUGAGGAUCCAGGUGCGUAAAACCGCCGGUUUUUCAUCAUAUCCUCGGUGUAUAAUGAACCAUCUUCCUGUAGUUGCAUAUGCAUUUUUGCGACUUACUAGAAAUGCAUGGAAGUACUAGGGGCCACCAGUUCGUUGUGGCCACAACGAAGAUGUCCUCCCUCUGUUGUAGUAGUUGCUAGAAGGUGUAGUUGCAAGUCUGUAUCAGCGCAGAGUUGCAUGGUCUAGUGGCUGAAAAUUUGAUUCCACAUCAGCAGAUCUGCUAUUGUCUACUUUUGGGCAGUUGGCCCGGAGGGGAUUUGUGGCGGCAGUAGUUAUGCGGACUUGACUUUCUGACAACACGCUCGCGGUGACAAUUAAUUUCACGAACCGGACUAUAAAACAAGCCAUCUCCAGGCUUGUCCGCGACCUGUUGUGACAGCGUUGAAACUUAUUAAAUCAAUUUUUUAUACACAUUUCAUAUGUUUUCUACCGACUUUGCAGCACACUGUUGGACUGCGUCGAAACAUGUGACGCAAAACAGAGGCGUGCUAUACUUGUUCAUUUACCAGACAUACAUAUGAUGUAGCAGCCUUUGUCAUUGUCUUCGGUUCUGUUCCUUUGUCCAGCUCGAA